GAGAGAGAAAGAGAAGGAGGUGUGGGUAGACUUAGAAGAAUAAAGAGGAGGGGAGAGAGGACGAAAGAACCAGGAGAUAAAGGAAAUAAAGAUAAAGAAGCAGAGAGGGACACUGACUCCCUUCCAAGAUAGAGAGAAAAGGACGUGGACAGUAGAAAGGAAGAGUGAAACAGACAGAGUCUGAACAGAAGGGUGUCUGGGUCAGAGAAUGUGAGGGUAGAGAGAGAAGGAAGGGACAGGAGAGGCAUCCAUCCAGGAUACAGACUGUGCUCAGGGUGAGUGACUGAUCCAAGGGGCAAAGUGGCUGAUCUUCCGCACCCCCCACCCCCGAAGGUUAUAGCAGUCAGGGGCCCUCUUCAUGCACAGUGUUGAGAUUGGCAUUAAAAUGGGGAAGGAGCAGUGAAUGGGCUGGAGGUGGAUCAAGAUAUUAGGGUCCACAGGGGAAAAGUUGGGUUUUGUGCAGAGAUCGCCAAGCAAGGCUUGGGUGGGGAGAAGGGGAGAGUCUUUGGGGAGAAGGCGAUACCAAUGGACAGAGCUGGCAUCGACUCAGAGUGGGGGAUGAGGAGGAGCUGGCUACCUCUGUAACCUCAAAAUCCUUGGCUUGUUGCUCCUGCACUUGGAGAUUUCUGCAGCUUUGGAAUUAUCCAGGACACAAUGUGCGAGAACAGCAGAGAUUGCGGGAGUCCUGACAGCUCUUCGGUCAAUUCCCCACAACGGCGGCGAACAAUGAACAGCUCUCCACCCCUCCAUUCCUCUGUCGUCGGGCCAGGCGUCUCGUCUUCGGUUAGUUCUCCCGUCAGCAGCGUUGGCGCGCACUUCUCAGUCAUCAGCUCUUCCUUGAGCUCCACUUCAACACCGUCCCUGGGCUAUCGGCCUGUGAACAGCCCACAGAUAAACUCCACAGUCAGCAUGUCAAGUUUCCACACCGUCAGCAGUUCUGAUGACGUUCAGUCAUCGCUGGGCACGAACCAGGCUGUUUCUUACCCAGCUGGCUCUGCCACCUUGUCACUGAGGCGCAUCUGUGCCAUUUGUGGAGACCGGUCUUCAGGCAAACACUAUGGUGUCUAUAGCUGCGAGGGUUGCAAAGGCUUCUUCAAGCGGACAGUGCGAAAGGAUCUGUCCUACACCUGCCGCGACAGUAAGGACUGCACGAUCGACAAACGCCAACGGAACCGCUGCCAGUACUGCCGCUACCAGAAGUGCCUGGCCACAGGCAUGAAGCGAGAAGGUUAG